AUGUCCUCUUCGAUUGUUAACCGGCUCAACGAAGACAUCCUCCUUGCCGUCCUCUCUUAUCUUCCAGGCCACGAUGCAGUACAACUCGCUUAUACAUGCAAGUUCAUGUACGCGCUUUCCUGUCCAAGCUGCAGCGUGACGAUAUCCUACGAGGAACAAUACAAACUACAUCGGACGGCUGAGGCGAUCUGCCGGCCUGGUUCUUCCUGCGCGACCUACUUGCGUGGCCUCGACUUAGAUUUGAUGUCGAAUAAAGACGAAAACAUAAAGGACGUGGCCGACAUCCUCAGGACCGCCAAGAACCUCCGCAGCCUGAGUCUUUCCUACGUAUUCCAGCAUAGUUGGACGGGCCAUCCAUCGAUCGUCCGCGCCCUCACUCGAAUGAAGGAUCUACGAGCACUCAGUUAUUCUCCCGUCUUGCUUGACGACGUACUUCCGAUGGUCCAAUCCAUCCCCUCGUCCAACCUCGCCGACCUCAGUCUUCGGUUCGAUGUCAACUGGAGGCACGAAUUUCCUCCUCUUGUCUCUGUACUCAAAUCAUUCCCCAAGCUCGUCACUCUCACCCUAUGUAGUUUCGUCCCACGACCGACUUCUCUCGAUUCUAUCCAAGCAUCUGCAUCAUCGUUCCCGUCCAUCCGGCAUAUCGCCCUCAAGGCAGUCUCCAUCGCCGCCACGGACAUCCUCUACUUCUGCCCCAACCUCGACACGAUCGAGCUCUCCCAGGACCACGAAACGCACAACAUGCAAGGCCACACGGAUCCCCGGCCGAGAUGGCCCAAGGUGUCCCGCCGCUUGACCGUGGCCUUCCACGACGCGACGAGAUGGGGCACCGGCGUGAUCGCGCUCGAGUUCGACGAGCUGCAGACCAUCCUCGUCGAGCUCCUCGAGCGCCGCGCGAGCCCCGUCCCGCACCUCGAGCUCGCCGCGGGCGAGUGGGAAUUCACCCGCGACGGCGUCACCGCCGUCGACGCCGCCACGUCGCGCCGCCUCACCCGCCUCCUCGCGGCGCUCCAGCCGCGCGCGCUCACCCUUCCAGUGCACGCGGGCUUCCAGAGCACGGACAACAAGCUCGACGGCCGGAUGUGGACCGAGGUCGCGCGCGUGCUCCCGCGCCUCCGCGCGCUCACCCUGCGCCGCGUCGGACGAGACUAUUGGAAGCUCCCGGAAACGCUGCCGGCGGCGCUGGCGCGGCUCCCGCUGCGCUGCCUAUUCAUCGACGCCAGCCCCAUGAACCCGUCGAACGGCCGGCGCCACAGCCCUGGCCCGCCCUACAAGGAGCUGGAGCGCGUCCAACGCCUGGACGCGCUCCCCGCGAAGCUGCUUGCCGCGCUCUCGAAGAUGCGAGUGCUGGGGAUCACGGGGACCGCGGCGCUGCCGGACGCGGCGAUGGACAACACGCAGCAAUGGAUUCUGGAGGACCUGGCGGAAUGGAGGGAGGAGCACGGCGAGCGGAACACGCGGUGGUGGCGCGUCGACGGCCAAGGGGCGGAGCGGAAGCUGGUCGAGCUCUGGCGCGAGUACGGAGAGCAAGCGCAGAGGCUGGUGGAAGAUGCGGAGAAGUACCGCGUCGCAGACCUGGACGCUGUAUACAUGGACAAGUGUCGGUACAACCCCUGA